AAAAGGAUGUGUGGGCUCGGUUAUGGCAACCGUUGUUGUUGGAAAUGGACAAGCCCAGGAAGCAGGAUUUUAGUACCACUAAAUGUACCUUUUGAAGAUUUAGUACCUGGCGGAAUGGCUACAACUUUGCAGUUCACUUAUAUUUGGACACAUAUGCACCUUUAAUACACAUCUGAAAGACAAUUCUGCGAGGGAGGAUUGAAGAUAGUGAUCUCUUCAAAAGUUGUUCUGUCAAAAGCUAACACGCGUGAAAUAAGAGUAACCACGGGAUAAAAACAGGCAUGGAUCGCAAGAGUUAGAUUAAGUCCUGACACCCUCUGAACCGUUGUCUUGUUCCUCGAGCUGUUGGUGGUUUUUAACUGUGGGGGAGAAAGACGUAUCGAAAAUAGUCAAAAUGCCUGCCAAAACAAAGUAUAAUUUAGUCGAUGAUGGGCACGAUUUACGGAUUCCUUUACAUAACGAGGAAGCAUUCCAACACGGGAUUAAUUUCGAGGCAAAGUAUAUCGGUAGUCUGGACGUGGCUCGACCCAAUAGCCGUGUGGAGAUUGUUGCGGCCAUGAGGCGGAUAAGGUAUGAAUUUAAAGUGAAGAACAUCAAAAAGAAGAAAGUCAACAUCAUUGUGUCUGUCGAUGGGGUGAAAGUAGCGCUGCGGAAAAAGAAAAAACAGAAGAAAGUCAUACACAUCUGGGAUGACAUGAAGAAAAAAGAAUGGACCUGGGAUGAAAGCAAGAUGAUGGUGAUGCAAGACCCAGUUUACAGGAUAUUCUAUGUAUCACACGACUCUCAAGAUUUGAAGAUCUUCAGUUAUAUUGCAAGAGAUGGACAGAGCAAUGUGUUUCGAUGUAAUGUCUUCAAAUCAAAGAAAAAGAGCCAAGCCAUGCGGAUAGUGCGGACGGUGGGUCAGGCCUUUGAGGUUUGUCACAAACUUAGCCUCCAGCACACCCAGCAGAAUGCAGAUGGCCAGGAAGAUGGUGAUGCCGACAAGACCUGCACAGACUCAGGAGUACAAGGGCGAGAGCUGACAGGGGCCGAAAAGCCAGCAGCUGAGGAGACAGACAUUGAUGCAGAGGAACUACCUCUCCCUGACAGCUCAAUGGACGAGGUCAGUCGUGGAGUCACUGACCUGGAUGCAGCCAGGAAAGAGGACGAUGUCAUCAAUGACACAAAGCCCACUGAAGAGCCCAACAUCCUGCUGGCUUCCCCAAAGUUGCUGCUUCCCUCGGGCAGUCAGCUUCCAGCCAGCACCCCUCUGUCUGUGCACCACCAGCUUCAGCUGCUCCAACAGCAGCUUACCCAGCAGCAGCAACAGACACAGGUGGCUGUGGCCCAGGUUCACCUGCUGAAGGAUCAGCUCUCUGCAGAGGCAGCAGCAAGGAUUGAAGCCCAGGCUAGAGUUCACCAGCUCUUGUUGCAGAAUAAAGAUCUGCUGCAGCAUAUUUCUCUCCUGGUCAAACAGGUUCAGGAGCUGGAGCUCAAACUGGCUGGACAUGGCUCUAUGGGAUCUCAAGACAGUCUACUGGAAAUUACAUUCCGUGCCAAUGUGCCCCCAGUCCUGUGCGACCCCACAACCCCGAGACCAGAGGACGGCAUCCUUCCUCCAUUCAGUGACGGGACACAGCUCUCCCUGCCUCUGGGCAGUCCUAUAGUGGACCAAAGCAUGUUUGAGAACUCAAACUUUGCAGAACAGCCCAAGCAGAACUCUCGUCCAGCGGGAAACACCAGCAGUCAAGCAGCCUUCACAGAUAUUUCUGCUCUGGCAGGAUCGAAGACAGGUGGCAGUCAGCACCUAAAAAAUGCCCUCAACCUGGGCAAAGCCAUGGGAGCAAAAGUAAAUGACCUACUUCGCCGAAAAGAUAUCAACAGCCUCGGAGACAUCGGAGUCACGGAGGUCAAUAAAAACGUUGAGGCAGUGUGGUCCAGCCUGGCUGAGAUGAGCCACAGUACAGCAGGGAACAGUCACAUCUCUCUGGACUCCUUCCCUCGGUUAGAUCCCCCACCUCCCACUGGCAAAAAACGUCUUCCACGUGCCCUGAAGACCACCCAGGACAUGAUGAUAUCUUCUGACCCUGUGGUAGCCUCCCCAGACUCGUCCUUCAUCUCGUCACCUGACAAGACUCCCCUAAUAUCCAAAGAUAAUGCGCAGCUUCGGCCACAACUGAACCCUGAAGUGCCCAACCUAGAGAAUCUUUCAGAACCCAGUGACCAUGUCGACAGCCAGAUGGAGAAGAAGCCCAAUUUUGAGCUAAAAAAGGAGCCCAAAGGUGUGGUGACAGAUGGGCUAAAAGAGAAUACUGCGGAGGACGUAGAUCAGUCACAGCCACUGUUUUGUGUUCCAGAUCUCAUUCACAAGGACAAUCUGGACCCAAAACAGAAGCUGGCAAAUUCGGAAACUAGAAUGGCUUCCACACCAUGUCCGGGAAAAGGGGGCUGCCGCAUUAGCGUCACUGAGGGGGAAUUGUUGGGAAUCGGCACGGUGGAUUUCCAAACCCUCAGCUUGGAGAAUGAGGAAUCCCACCCCGACCUACUCUCAUUUGAAUAACCUAACCUUUGCUCCAUGAUCACUCCAUUUUACAGCAGUUUUCAGGAGAUAAUGUCUGACAGGAGCACAAGGUUCUCCAGGCAUCAACAAUGAAAUUUUUUUUAAAAAAAUCAGUAUGCAUGGAGAAGACAAGGUCAAAAGUGGCUUUGAACCUGUCAAUAAAACUUAUCAAACCAAUAUAACUUAUCAAACAAAUAUCACUUUUGUGCUACUUAACCUUUUGUAUAUUUCAUAUUUUGCCGUUAUAGCAAAGUACCACUGAUUGUGCUUAUUUUGUAGCUAAAAUUAUACAAAUUAUUAAAAUCACUAUUUUUAUUUUAUUGUAGUACCACAAUGAGUUUAAAAGAUUGCAUUGUAAAAGUAUUUGUGGACCUGUACACAAAAGAACCAUGUUAAAACAUUUAACAGAAACCAAAGUCAAAACUAUACAAUAAUGCCUCUAAAAAGCUGUCUGCAGUCUUGGAAGUGGGCAGCAUUUAAUGUCUUAAAUAUGUUCAGUAUCAGUUAGUUUUUGCAAGCAUGGCAAUUUCAGUUUAUAUAUAGUAUAGGUGUCUUUAACUACCAUGUACUUGUAUUCAAAAAUACAAUGUACUUAUUGUGUACAUAUGUGGUGUUCUGCAAAACUGAAGCAACAUUCGCAUUUUCUGCUACCAGGGUUAGGGGUUAAUGUGAGAGGUAGUGUUGAGGUUUAGGGGUAGAGUUCAGGUGAGGUUUAAGCCCUAGGUAUACUUCCAUUUUUACGUGAACGCUCAGCGUCUGCUUAUAGUCGAUUGCGAGCCUGUCAAAAUAUAUUCCAUAUAACUGUGCCAGCAUACACUGGCGGUCACCGAAUGCGCGCUACAACUUUUAUGAGACGUCUGACUUUCUCUUCAGGAAUUUAGAUACAGAUGUAUUUAUAUUUUUUAAGACUCAAGUUAUACAAAUUCAGGUAUCUCCAGACCCCCUCAUGCACGUGCUCAUGACUUCUACAUAACAGCAACAAUUCAAAAUGUAAGGGUUGCCACCUUGUGGACCCACUAAUUAGUGCAAAGAAUUAAUUAACAAUGGCACAUUCUGCACGUUCAAAGACGCACGGUUAGGAAAAUUAUGCUUGCGCUCUCUGUACGCGGAUGUUCAGUGUUCGGAUCUCAUUAAAGUAUACUUUGGGCUUUAGGGAUAAAGGUGAGGGGUAGGGUUAGGUUUCGGUUUAGAGUCGCUACGGACCUCGAAAUAAACAAUGUAUGGACAUUGUCUGUGAAUCUCACAUGCUUUUCACAGAAUUAGGGCUACCAUCUAGCCACCCUAAAUGUACAGUGUAAUAACUUGUAUGUAUAUUAAGUAAAAUGCAUCAAAUUAUUAAUAUAAAUACAUUGUAAUUAAAGACACCUAAUAGAAAGUGGGGCCUGCAUGGCUUUAUAAUUUACCUUUUUGUUUACUACAAAUUAUUUUUAUGUUUUAUGACCACAUCUCUGACCUUGGCUCAACAUUGUGCUCACAUGUAAUAGUCAUUGCCAGUAGGAGCAAGUGCACAACUGACCUUGGAUCAGUCUAUAAAGCAUAAUGCACCUAAGGGCAGCAGUCUGCAACUGCUUCCUUAUUGUUUUGACUGAGCAUUUAAUCUUGCGCAGUACACAUUUCACAGAGACCUCUAGAUCAUUGUGAAAAUAUAGGGUUAUCUACCUUUGUAAGAACUGUCAUUGUGAUCACCAUCAAGGUGAUGAUGGCUUAUGGAAUGGCAGUAAUGAGCCUCAGUCAACAUGAAGGUAUGCAGAGGGGCUCUGAAAUUCCAUGGAAUGCCAUAACACUAAUCUCAUUCCUUGUCCUCUUGUUUGUGUAGACAGCCUGACUCCCAUGGCAUUCUCUCAGGGCUGUUCUUUAUCCCAGACAGUGGUUUCUCUACGGAGAAUUCAGGACAAGUAUGUAGCUAACAAUGCAGCCAUUUACACAGCCAUUAUUUAUAGAGAUACACUGCCAUUCAAAAGUUUGGGGUCACUUGAUAGAAAUGUUUCUCUUGCUCUUAAAAACCUUUUGAUCUAAAGGCUUAUGCUUGAUGUUUGAAAUUAGUUUUAUAGACAAAAAUAUAAUUGUGCGAACCUAUACAUUUCAUUACAAAUAUAUAUAUAUAUAUAUUUUUUUUUUUUAUUUAUUUUUUAUUAUUUUUUUUUUUAAUGGAUGAUUUGGACAGACUAAUAAAGAAAAGUAGCCAGUAAGUGCACAACAUAGAUGGGAACUCCAAUACUUUUUUAAAAAGCAUCCCAGGGUGAUACCUCAAGAAGUUGGUUGAUAAAAUGACAAGAUAAUUCCUAUAGUUUCAUUGCUGUUAUUCCCUAGUUAUGACAACUUUACUAUUAUUCUAAAAUUGGGGUGGGGGAUGAUUAAGUGACCCUAAACUUUUGUUUGGUAGUGUAUAUUGUGAUCCUACAUAUAUCUACAGAUGUACUGAGAUGUUCUUAAUUUCAAGCUGCACAUAUUGAAAGAUAGCAAUGAAAUAGUAAUGUAUUAUAUCAGUGAUGAAACAUUGUAUGUGAAAGAUUAUUAAACGAAGGUUUUGACUAAGUUGCUACAAAAUAACUUAAAGGAAUAGUUCACCCAAAAAAAUGCUAAUUUCCUCAUUAUUUACCCUCAUUUUGUUCCAAACCAAUAUUACUUUUUGUUCCAAGGAUGAUUGACAGUUGUUAGAACGUUCAUUUUUUGGGUGAAAUAGCUCGUUAAAGCUGCAAAUCCUGAAAGAAAAGGUUAUUAUGCAUCAUGGAACAAAUAAAACAUUUUGUGUGAAAGAUAUUUAACAGAGGUAUUGAGUUGAUUUUUGUUAACUUAAGUGCAUGGGAUGGAUGCAUUGGCAUCAUAGCAUUAACUCUUAUUCAGGUGCUUUAUGAAUUAGAUCUCUUUCUGUACCAUUAUACGUUUUGGUUACACUACCACUGUGAUGUCUACUUUCAUUUGUAAUGAUGCAUAAUGUAUCAUCAUGUUCUCUUUUUGUAUAGUUUGAACACUAAAAUGAGAUUUCAAAGCCAGAAUGGAGCAAAUUCAUGCAGAUGCAUUUGCAGCUGGUGAGUUAAUGAAUUGAUAUUGUUAAUGAAUGGACCACUGAUAUCGUGUCACUAAAUCAUAAGAUAUGAAGUCAGAAUAUUUUAUAGAAUCUUCUAUGAUGCCUUUAUAUAACCUCUUUGUAUAUGUGGAAACUGUUCACUGAAUAAAUGAAAAAUAUAUUUAUCUUGUAUUGUUUUAGCCAUAGUUUUCUUAGAUAUUUUAUUUGUUUAGGGUUGAGAAGAUUCUUGAUGGAAAAUUAAGAAUGUUGGAAAUUCUGUGAUGAUUUAUGUACUUUGUUUACUUUUUGUCAAUGGUCCUAUCGAUUUUACAAUUUUAUAUUUGAAUGAAGGGGAAACAAUUAAUGUUGAAGGAAAGAUGCACAGAUAUGAAGGUUUUAUGAGUACACUGAAAUAUAUUUAAGGGAUAUAUGUUCAGGCUGGCUAUAUUAAAGUGAUUUUUUACUAUGCAAGCUGUCUGCUUGUGACGCAUUUUGCAUCUGGGUGCAUAUUUUUUCGUUAAAUGGUUUUAUUAUUUUUCAUUCAAGGUAGUUUACACAACAGAAUGUACAGGGUUAUUGCAUCUAAAAUUAAAUGCCUUUGGACAUAAAAGCAAUAAAGUCUUCUCAAUAAAGGGAUUGA